AUGUCAACUUCACUUUACCAGACGGUUAAAUUCUAUUUGAAAUCAGUUGUUUUUGGUGCUCUUGUUAUAGGGUGUGCAUUAUACGGAGUCGUUGCGUCGAUAGCGUUGAGACUAGUUGGAAAGGUUGAUUAUGCACAGUACACAGUCGCAAGAGCUUUCCUUCAUUCGGCGAGAUUGUUUCUUGGAAUUAACAUAAAGGUCAAGAAUGCGCAUUAUUUGAAAGACUUGCCUGCAGUGGUAGUCUCAAAUCACCAAUCGGCAUUAGAUAUCCAGGUUUUGGGAAAGAUUUUCCAACCUGGGUAUACCGUGACCAGUAAAAAGUCGUUGGCAUACGUUCCGUUCUUGGGAUGGUUUAUGGCUCUCAGUGGUACGUUUUUCCUCGACAGGGCAAAGUCUAGUAAGGCCAAGAAAGUUUUGGAGGGUGCUUUGCAAAUAUUGAAGCUACAAAAGCGGGCAUUAUUCAUGUUUCCAGAGGGUACUAGGUCAGGUCUAGAGACGUUGAAUAUGUUACCUUUCAAGAAGGGGGCUUUCCAUUUAGCUAAACAAGCAGGUAUUCCAAUCAUACCAGUUGUGGUGUCAAACACCUCCACAAUCUUUAACUCCAAGAGAAAAAUCUUCAACACCGGAGAGAUUCAUCUUGAAGUCUUGCCUCCUGUACCUACCAAGGAUUUGGAGACAAGCGAAGAUGUCACCAAGUGUUGCGAAAAGGUGAGAAGCGACAUGAUCAAGACUUUGCAAAGAGUUGGGUACUCCUACGCGCCAGGAGUCAAACCUAAUGAAGAUUUCCAACCUCCACAAGAAGAUGUUGAGACCGACACGGAGGUUGAGGUUAUAAGUGAAGAUACACCAUUAAUUUCGAGUGAUUAG